AUGAGUUCUGACUCCGAGUCCGACCAUUCUCACGAACGUGGGCAUGUCUCACCAGCUGCGUCCAUGGCUGUAUCGUUGGCAUCGAUGGACACGGAGGAACACAAUGAACUGUACGACCAUAGGAACUUGCCGGACUCGUUGCCUGUGCGUCAAAACUAUGAAAUUAAUAAGCCCAAUCUGAGAACCACGCAGUCGUCGAAUGACGGAAAAGACGGGAAUAAUGACGUUUCUCCAAAUACAACGCGACCAGGAACUUCAUUUGGCGAGGAAUCCGACGAAGACUUAAAAAUUGAGGGCUCCUACAGGAAGCUUUCUGCGACUAACACCGAAAAUGCAAGGCCGUCGCGUAUAGCACACUCCAUGCCUCAUCAAAGGCAGCUGUACACGAGUUCGGGAUCUGUUCAAAGGUUAGCUGCUCCUCCUCCCAUGAUGCCCCGCAAAUCUUCAAAGAGCUCUGGCCCUGAAGAAGCCGGGAAUAUGAAAAGGGCAAAAGCGAGAACCAACUCCGAAUCCUCCUCGAACAAGCCUUUGCACUUUUUGAAUAAAACGCUUUCAGAAAGGUCUAACCAAAGCGAAAGUAACAUCAGAGACCAAACAAUGAGACGUAGGCUCUCUUGGGUAUCUAUUGAGACGGAUAACUCGCGUGCUUCGCGAGAAUCCCAAGAAACGGAGGAAGAUGUGUGUUUCCCUAUGCAACGUUUGGAACACACUAGAAUUAACGGUAUUGAUUUCGAUGAGCUUGAAGAGCACGCAAUGCAGUCCAGGGAAGAGUACAUCGGCAGCAUUUUGAAUACUGCAAAUGUUGAACCUGCUGAUGCCAAUCAAAAAUACAUGACUAAAGAAGGCUCUUCUUCAUCUGCCGCUACUACAUCUACCGCCGCUCUGAAGUACACACCCAAGGGCUCUUCUACCUUGGUGACUGAGAAAAAACCGGAAAUCCCAGCACAUGGCUCCCAAAGUGGCAUUUUUUUCGGAAACAAUAAAGUUGAACACGAUGAUUUGGACUACGUACACACACCUUAUGGCUCUCAGACCGAAGAGUAUGUAGUUCCGGAUAGGUUCUCUUUCUUCUGCUCCGAUACUGAAGAAACUGUCCAUGCCCCUGAUAUAUCAUCACUUGUGAAGCCGGGGCAAACAUUCAGAGAGCUUUUUAGAGAUGGUGCUCCUACUUGGUGGUUAGACUGUGUAUGUCCGACCGAUGAAGAAAUGCGUUGUAUCUCGAAAGCCUUUGGCCUCCAUCCACUGACCGCUGAAGAUGUUAGGAUGCAAGAAACACGUGAGAAGGUUGAACUGUUCAAGUCUUACUAUUUUGUUUGUUUUCAUACUUUCGAAGGAGACCACGAAUCUGAAGAUUUUCUGGAACCAAUUAAUGUUUACAUUGUGAUAUUCAAAGAAGGUAUUUUGACGUUCCAUUUUGGCCCCGUAUACCAUUGCUCUAAUGUGAGACGACGUGUGAGACAACUGCGGGACUACGUCGAUGUUAGCUCGGACUGGCUCUGUUAUGCUCUCAUUGAUGAUAUCACGGAUAGUUUUGCUCCUGUUAUUCAAGCAAUUGAAUAUGAAGCAGAUGUUAUUGAGGACUCCGUAUUCAUGGCACGGGAUAUGAACUUUGCUGCCAUGCUACAGCGGAUAGGGGAAAGUAGAAGGAAGACGAUGACUUUAAUGCGGCUACUGAGCGGAAAGGCAGAUGUUAUUAAGAUGUUUGCUAAGAGAUGUCAGGACGAACUGAAUGGGAUUGGGCCUGCCUUAACAUCCCAAUUAAAUAUCGCCAAUCUACAAUUCAACAAAACUCCGCAAGCCAGAGGAGACCCCCAAGGGCACGGUGCCCCUAAUAUAUACCCAGGGAGAGCCCAACCUAGAGCCGAUAUUGCUUUAUAUCUUGGCGAUAUUCAGGAUCAUGUUGUGACAAUGUUUCAAAACUUGCUCUCCUACGAAAAGAUUUUCUCUCGUUCUCAUGCUAAUUACCUAGCUCAACUGCAAGUUGAAUCCUUCAACUCGAACAACAAAGUAACUGAAAUGCUGAGUAAAGUCACAUUAAUAGGUACUAUAUUAGUACCCCUCAAUCUCGUCACUGGCUUAUUUGGUAUGAACGUUCCAGUUCCUGGUGGAAGUGGAGGCAAUUUGGGUUGGUGGUUUGGGAUCCUUGGUGUAAUGGCAUUCAUUGCUUUGACAUUCGCACUCCUUGCUCAUGUUUGGCUUGCCAGAAUUGCAGCGCCAGCAACUUUGAACGAAGCCGCAGAGAGUGGAACCCGGUCCAUCAUGAACACUUUGAGGCCAAGAGGCUCGCGUACCGUCAACAAGGACAACUCUUAUAGGAAGGGUGCCGCUAACAGAUCCAUUUCCAGUUUUCAAAGGUAA